GUUAGUCAAUUGAUCGUGUUCAUGUGACCUUUGAGUAUUUCUCUGUGUUGAACAACGGAACUAAGCGUUUUAAACAUACGUGUUUACAAGUAGCAUCUUUUAAGUUCCCUUUCUAGAGUUCAUGAAAACAAAACUUUCAACAACGACCUUGCACUUGGUAAAAAGUUGUGUUGUCUUGAUAUUUCUGAAAGUCACGUUGACUGGGAACAGCGCGGGAAAUUAGUGGUACAAUGUGUUUUUUGUGUCUUAUCCGUGAUUUUAUCACGUAUUGACAGAAUUGUUUCUACUUCAUUAUAAUACCCUCUUGCCAACUGAUCAGGAAGUACACUAGAUUUGCGUUUGUGAUCAUGGUUUCAGUUCCGCACUAAGUUGUUUACUUGCGAAUGUUGUGCAAUCGUACUUGAUAAACAUCCGACUUGCUUUCUGUGUUAUGAGUGCUGUCAAAACUGUAUAGCAAAUUUUGAAGUGUUAAAAGUGUUGUCAGUGUAAUUCUCCAUUGUGUAAUAGAAGAGAGAUCAGUGAAGUGAUUCAUGAAAAGUUAUUCAUCUUAAAACUUUUGUUAUUCAAAACAAGCUAUUAUUUAAGAAUUUGAAAAUUUCCUGACAUUUUGAGGAAAUUCUUAACACGUGCUUAGUUAUUAAUUAUUACAUCUAUUAUGACAGACAUGUAAUUAUUUAAAUUGACACAGAAAUUGUAAUUAAUAUUGACAAAAAGUUUGCUUUUUUGCAAGUUUAUGAGAAUAUGAACAAUGGCUGAUGAAAGUUUUUCGGGUGAUAUUUUUAUGGAUCCAGGCUUCCUUGUGAAGCAGGAACAAGUGUCAAUGGAUACAAGCAGCUCUAUGACAGCUAGCGUUCCAAUUCCACCUAGGAAGGUGUUGGAUCUCUCAGAACUACGAGAUUUUGGUUUUGAGUUAGAUACCCCUUCACCAUCUGCAUCUCAGGAUCGUGUUCCCACAUCAGUUACAGGCCUGUGCCAUCCUUUAACUGGACCACUAUGGGGUGCAAAGCUUAACACAGACAGUCCAUCUUUCAAAACUGAAUCAUUCAGAAUGGAUGAUGAUGAUGAUGAUGACAUUUUUCAGGUAGAUAAAGCAGAUCUUAUUCAAGGACCUACUCUUGCAGAAUUGAAUGCUAAUGAUGAAAAUUUACUGGACGAUUUGAAUUUUGAUGACCUUUUGUUACCUGAAGAGAAUACUUACUACUUAAAUGUUCCUUGUGUGUCUCCUCAACCGAAAAGUAUAACUCCUUUUGAACCUCCAGUUGUUCAAAUUACAAACACUAAUAAUAACGUUAUAAAUAAUAAUCAGACCCCAAACAAUCUUGCUGCUUCCUCAUUUCCACCUGCAGGAUUUGGUUUCUACAAAGAUUCGUUUUUGUCAUCCAGUGUUCCUUCCAGCCCUCUUGAUGUUUUCUCGAAGACAGUAAACAGUGCUGUUCCCAGCGUUGGUGCAUUAUCUCCAACUAGUCAACACAGUUCAAGUUCCUCCCUCCUUCUACAAUCAGCAGCUUCAUCGAUUACUCCCCCUCUGGACAUCGGUGUUAAUAUGAAGCACAGCACGUUGCACGAGUUGUUGAUGAAGAAAGAAACGUCAGGUUCACCCUUUGGGGGGUCAAAGAGUAUGGGUCGCUCAGCAUCUGGACACAUGAGCUCCAGCGAACCCCCUGCAGGCAGCCCUGGGCUGAGCGUUGUGCCAGGCAGUAGUCGCGUGGCACGGAGCACAGGCAGCUCCCAGUGCUACUCCUCUCGCUUGUCCUCGUCAGCUCCCACCCAUUUGGGAUUAGAACAAAUCUGGCAGCGCAGAGAGUCACGCCAGCAUCUCCUUUCCACUGGCUCCCUGGCAGAGGCUGGAUCAACUUCAUCAAUAUCAACAGGUGGAGUGUUGAGCCCAGAAUCACAUGAGUUUUCUCAUGAUGAAGGAUUUGACUCAGAAGAUGACAGUGAUCAUUACGAAGAUUAUUCAUCUGAUGGAGAGUCUGGCAGUGAUUCAGAAGUUCAUAUGCGGUCUUCAUCUAAGAAGGAGCGCUACUUCUGGCAAUACAAUGUGCAAGCAAAAGGUCCAAAGGGUCAGCGAUUGGUUUUAAAGACGACUUUAGAAGAUCCACAUGUUUUAAAUGAAGUGACUGAUCCUGUUUUUAGUCCUGAAUGUUCAGUUCGUGGAAUUAAACAUAGUGGAAAAGCGAGGAAGGGUGAUGGAAAUGAUCUGACUCCAAAUCCAAGAAAGCUGUGCAGUAUUGGAAGAGAGUUGGACAAACUUGGUCAAAUUAUAAAUGAUAUGACACCAGUCAGUGAAUUGCCCUUUAACGUUAGGCCGAAAACGCGUAAGGAAAAGAACAAAUUAGCAUCAAGGGCUUGCAGAUUGAAAAAGAAAGCACAGCAUGAAGCAAAUAAGUUAAAACUUUAUGGUUUAGAAACUGAACAUAGAAGACUUAAUGCAGGAAUAUGUCAAUUAAAGCAGGUCCUGGUUGCCAAGUGUACUACAGAUGAUCCAGAAAAGCAAGAAGAGUUCACCAAGCACAUUGAGAAGAUAGUGAAGCAAGCAACAAAAUUGAAAAUUGCAGGCCACACAACGGAGUUUGUGAACAAAGUGCUGGAGAAGGUGAAGAGUGGCGCCCCCAGUGGAGGGCUGGAUGAGCUCUAGUAAUAAAACAUUCAAAUUUCACUUAUUUAAUAGUUUUAUAAUGGAAUAAAUAUGUAAAAUUACUCAUAUAUUGUAAAUAUUUUAUAUUUGAUGUUAAACUAGAGAAUUUAUUUUAAAGAGAUUUAUGGUAACUUGUAAAGAUGUUCAAUGUUCUUAUGUUUUCUUUUGUUUUGUUUUUAAAAGUAUAAUAUAUUUUGUCUGUAAAUAUUUGUGUAAAAUACUUUCUUGCAGGUGAAUAUAUUUAUAUAUAUAUACAUAUAUAUUUAUUCAAAAAUUUAAAAUGCUAGAGAAAUGGAGAAAAAGGCAGUUGUUUGUAAUUUUUAUAGAGCACUUUGCUAUUGUAGAUUCAGGAAGAAGCAAAGCUUAUCCUUAUUGAAAGUAAUUAUAUGUCAAUAUAUUAUUAAAAACCACUGUUAUCAUAGAAUUAUGAUUUUAUUUUUAUUCAUCAUUAUUGUUCAAUGUAUUCUAAGUAACUCCACAAUUGGUGCUUGUUGGUUCAUUUUAUGUUAAAUUUUCCUUGUACCUCAAAACAGUUCAUAUGUAAGUGCUAGUGUAUUCUAUAUGCUGAAAGCAGCAUUGCAUGUUUGUAAUUAUAAUGGUGUUGUAACACUGUGAUAAUGAGGUUUAAGUUUAACUAUAUUACAAAAAUUUUCAUAAUUUUAUGACUUUUUUUUAUUUUUGUAAUUUGGAGUUUAAUAAUUUUUAAUAACUGAAGUGACUUGUUAAUAUAAAAGAAUUAAAAUUGUAAAGAUUGUAAUUGUGUUAUUUUAAAAAUUAUUUAUUAUUAAUAUUAUUAUUACUUUUAUCAUUAUUAUUUUUAUUAUUACUAUUAUUGUUAUAAUAUAUGUGCUUAUGCUUAUCCGGAAAGUUGUAAUUGAAUAGAAGUACCAUAUUUACCUGAAUAUAAGAUGACCCCCUAAUUUUCUAUAAGACCUCCCUGAGAAUUUUUAAAAUCUUUAACUAAUUCUUUCAAUGUAGUUAAAAUAAAAUUGCAAAUUGUCUAGCGGAUGAGAAUGUUAAAACUUAUUGCCUGAUCUAUCACUAUUCUGUUGUGUCUUAAAAGCCUCUCAAUCAUGGUUUUUGCCCUUACCUACUUCAUCUUCACAUGUAGCGUUUCUUUCUUUGUGGUCCUCCUCCCAUUCAGGGAAACCUGGCUUUUUAGACCCCUUAUGAAUGUUUUGCAUGUUGAAUUUGCAAUCUUAGUCUUUUAUCUGACACCACCUAAGAAUAUUCCUUUCUGUUUCACCAGAUUCUCUUCCUGUCCUGCUCUUGUAUAUUGUCUCCUGUCUUGUUUCAUUAACAGAAGAGUUGUGACAUCUCCAUUUC